GGUCUUUCUGCUUCCUCUCUCUGCAAUUGCCGAAAUUGCCUUGCCCAGUUGCCUGCCGUCUCUAGUCUAUUUCCUUCUCCCCUUAAUGGCUUAACCCUAAUCCCUUCUCCAAACUCCAAACUCCAAUCUUGAUCCAUAGCAAUCAGCAAAAAGGAACCACCGAAGCAUGAAGUUUUUCUACUCACCGCACCGAUUCUAAGCCAAAAAAAACUCUGGAAUUGAAGCUUAUACCAGCCCUGCUUUUCUGUUCAUUUGUUUCUUGAAGCGACGUCCCGACAAUCCCAUCUCGUUCACACCCUCUUCAUCAGCUUUUCUCGAAACCAACUCAGUCUCAGCGGUUCAAUUGACGGUCCGGGUUUUAAAACAUUGCCUAAACCUUAAACCUCUCUUCUCAAACUCCGUUGCCUGAUUUCUCGCCACAGUUUCUCGGCUCUCGCUUUUCAAUAGCUUUUAGCAGACUGAAAGCUACCGGGAUUACAGUCCCAUCCGCCGCUAUCCACUCGGCAGUAGCAGCCCUGCGGACGGUAGGAGAACGAAGAUUGUUAUAUUUGGCAAUCUAUGAUGGAAGAAAUGCAGCAGAAGGGUGUAAAAAGGAGGAAGGAAUGGAAGAAAAAUAGUUCGAAAAAAUCCAAAAACAAGAAAAAGGUGAGAACUUUAGGGCCUGGUUCAGAAGAUGGGAGGUUUAAGAAAAUGGAUAAAAAGAUGAAAAAGUUUCUUCAGAAAAAGGCUAGAAGCUAUAAUUCAGAUGAUGAUGUGGUGGAAGAAGAAGACCGGAAUUUGAAAGGGGGAGAAGAGCAAUCAGGAGUAGUGAAAAAUGAGGUAAAAGGUGGGUUCAAGUCGAAAUUUUCGGAUAGUGAAGAAGAAGGAGAAGAGAAUGGUGAAGAGAAAAUUGAGGUUUCGGAGGAUGAAGAUGGUGAAAUUCAGCCAGGAGUUAUGAGAUUUUCGGAGGGUUGUAAGGCUUUUAGGUUGGCAUUCAAGAAGAUUACCAAGAAAACUGCUUCAACCGAUCAUGAUGUACUGGGUCCUGUGUUAUCAGCACAUAAAAAGCUUGUUGCCAAGAAGCUAGCUGAAGAAGAAGCAGAGAGAAAGGUUAAGGGUGAGGCAAAGAAGGAAAAACACCUGGUUGGAGAGAAGGGGCAUGUGAAGCCUGCUAAUUAUUUGGAUUCACAUGAAAAGCAUCUCAUUGGAGUUGCUACCAGAGGAGUGGUCAAGUUAUUUAAUGCUGUCAAUAAGGCACAACACUCGCAGAGAGGACUGAAUCCCUCAAGGUCGAAAGAUGAAAAAGUAAUUAAGAAGCGGAGGAAAGAGGCUUUUUUCUCAGGCUUGGGCCAGACCCCUUCCCAAAAGACCGGGAGCAUAGAAAAGAUUGGUGCAUCUGCUGGCACUGGUUCUGUUGAUGCUCCUGCAUGGGCGCCAUUGCGUGAUAAUUACAUGUUAACAAACUCUAAGUUGAAGGACUGGGAUAAGAUGCCAGACACAGCUGCUGUAGAUGACUUUGGGUUGCGACCAGAUGCAGAUAGUUCAUCUGAUGAUGAGUAGUAAAUGUCAGGAUAAAUUCCAGUCGACUUGCAAUGCUUGGAUGCGGCCAACUGGAUGGAGCUGGAGAUGAUCUAAACAGGAGCAAGAAGUUGACUCGUCCUCUUCAUUCCAAAAGCCAUUACCUAUUCUUAUCAUUAGAGAUGAGACAUCAUAGACAGAUUCUAACCUUGAUUUGAACAGCUCCAUACUCCAUUUUCAAGACUCGGACAGUGUUGGGUUUAAAGAGUACCAGCUCAAUCAUAAUUCAAUUUUCACCAAAAAAAAAAAAAAGAAAA